AUGCUCUCCGCAACAUCUCACGUCCCUCUUGCAAUAAGACCUCAUCCUCAAAUUGCACGGGCGGGUUCGACACAAGAGCAAGUUCCUAGGAAGCUGAAGCACCGCCCCUGUACUUCAUAUCCCGAAAACGAAGAAAGCUUUCUCGAUACUAUUCGCUUUCACCCCGUUCGACAAGAAGCUUCUUCCUAUUACGAGUCACGCCCGGCAAAACGACCCAUGCCAUCACCAUCGAAAACGAUUGUUGUAGUCAAUUCCUCUGGUCGACAAGCCGCUUCUUUUAUUCGCGUUGCUUCAGCGGUUGGCUUUCGCGUUCGCGCUCAGUUAAGGAAUCUUGAUGGCAUCGUCGCGUCUGAGAUCUCGUCUUUGCCAAAUGUCACGGUGGUAGUGGGAGAUUUAUAUAAACGGAAGACAACAUCAGCGUCCCCUCCACUUGGCGGGUACGGCGAUACCGGGGUUAACCAUGCACUUAUCGACGACUUGUUCAAGGGAGCGCAGCUUGCGUUUAUUAAUACGACCUUCUGGGGCGAUGAGGUAGCUAUAGGUAAAGCACUUGCUGAUGCUGCGGUUAAAGCAAACAUUCAACAUUAUGUCUUCUCCUCUAUGCCCAAUCAUGCAAAUCACACUCCAUCCUCGACAAGAAAGCCAUGGCCAUCCCUGCCGUUAUGGAGCGCAAAGGCUACGGUCUCCUCAUAUAUACAAUCGUUACCAGCUCUAGCGUCAAAGACCACACACCUCCUCACCGGAAUUUAUAACAACAACUUUACCUCAUUACCAUAUCCACUAUUUUGUAUGGAGCUUCAAUCCGAUGGGAGUUUCCUUUGGGAGGCGCCUUUUCACCCAGAUGUCAAGUUACCAUGGCUCGAUGCUGAACACGAUGUGGGACCAGCGGUAUUACAGAUAUUCAAGGAUGGCGUUUCCAAAUGGGGAGGACAGUCAAUUCCACUGGCGUACGAAAUGCUUUCCCCCGUCGAAGCAUGUAAAUCAUUUGCUAGAGGGGUCGGAAGAAAGGUCAAAUACCGGAGAAGAAGCAAAAUCAACGUCAAGGUCAGUAUUCCAAAUGGGUACCGGGAGCAACUAGUUGCCCUUGAAGAACUCUACGCUCUAGGCAAAGAAGACCCCAGCAAGCAACCUCCAUAUUUCGGGGACCAAGAACUUGAUGAUCGAUGUCCCGAACAGGCCCUUGCACUUUGGGAAGGCCCGCGUGGAUUGGAAGAGUACGCGAGGGAGGUUUUCCCCGUCGAAGAAGCGGCUAAUGGGUUAACUUGGAUGAAUGAAGGGACUGAUGGGGAGGACACGGAUGGAGGGGUCAUUGCAGGUGGGAUUCAGGAGGAAGACGAGGAUAGCGAGGAUGAUGAUGGGCUAAUUAUGGGUGGGGGUACCGGUAGUGCAGGAGAAGCUACACCAGCGAGACGAGAGGAGACAUGGUUGGCAUGA